UCUGACCAUCUCUUCUCCUCAUCCCAUUUUCCAUCGUUUGCUCGGUGUACAGCACUUUAUUUGCAUAUUUUAGAUAUUGGUUAUCGCCUUUGUCUCUAUUCUUGUGUUCCAACUCCCGUCAUCGUGCGUUUGCCCGGCCGUAUUCGAUCUGUGCUUUCUUUUUCUUGCUUCUGCAGCCACGUCUUCACGGUCCGGGGUAACGAACUGACCUACCCCGCCCUUGUGCCUCGCGUUGUACCAACCCACGUGGAACGACGUCACGAUCCACAACAUUUGAACGUCCGCGGUCAAGCCGUUUCAUUGUAAACAACAUCAAUACAGGCUUCUAACGAUACAUUGGGCCGCUGCUAAGCACCUCGCAAAAAUGUCGGCCACGAGAGAACGUAGACCUUCUACUAGUGCCCCACUGUCUGAUUUUCAGGGUCCCGUGGGUCCGGCGUUUAGCAGACCGAAGCACAAGCGUACCUUCACCGGCUUUGGACCGAGUGAGAUCAAGAGCGUAGAGGCUGCCAUUCCUGAGCCCCAACGAGAAGCCUGGAAGAAAUUUACCGCCCAGGAAUUCUCGACCAAGGAGGAAUUUCAAGCCGAGGCCGUGCGUCACAUUGAAACGACACUUGCUCGUUCGCUCUUUAACUGCGAUGAACUUGCCGCAUAUUCCGGGACAGCCCUGGCUUUUCGAGACCGCCUUGUGAUAGAAUGGAAUAAAACUCAACAGCGUCAUACAUUUGCUGAUCAGAAGCGUGUUUAUUAUCUUUCACUAGAAUUUCUGAUGGGUCGAGCCCUUGAUAAUGCUAUGCUUAAUGUUGGAUUCAAGAAUGCUGCCAAAGACGGAUUGAGUGAACUUGGAUUUCGGAUUGAGGACAUUAUCAAGCAGGAGCGAGACGCUGCUCUUGGAAACGGCGGCCUCGGGCGACUUGCAGCAUGCUUCCUGGACAGCCUGGCUUCCAUGGACUUCCCCGCCUGGGGCUAUGGUCUGCGAUACAAAUAUGGUAUCUUCAAGCAGGAAAUUGUAGAUGGUUACCAAGUCGAAGUACCUGAUUACUGGCUCGAUUUCAACCCCUGGGAAUUUCCGAGACAUGACAUUACCGUUGAAAUUCAAUUUUACGGCCAUGUGAGAAAAUACCAGGAUGAAACUGGCAAGAAUGUUGCCGUAUGGGAAGGAGGCGAAAUUGUUGAAGCAGUGGCUUAUGAUGUCCCAAUUCCCGGCUUCAAGACAAAAACCACCAACAAUCUCCGGCUAUGGUCUAGUAAGGCCGCCAGUGGUGAGUUUGACUUUCAAAAGUUCAACCGGGGAGAAUACGAGAGCUCCGUUGCCGAUCAACAGCGCGCCGAGACCAUCUCAGCCGUUUUGUACCCUAAUGACAAUCUGGAACGUGGCAAGGAACUACGUCUGAAGCAGCAGUACUUUUGGGUCGCUGCGUCCCUCUUCGACAUUGUCCGCCGGUUCAAGAAAACGAAGCGCGCUUGGGCAGCGUUCCCGGACCAAGUCGCGAUUCAGCUGAACGAUACUCACCCGACCUUGGCGGUCGUCGAGCUUCAGCGUAUUCUGAUUGAUCAGGAAGGCCUGGAGUGGGACGAGGCAUGGCAAAUCGUUGUCAAGACCUUCGGAUAUACAAACCACACCGUUCUCCCUGAAGCUCUCGAAAAAUGGCCGGUACCCCUAUUCCAGAAUCUUUUGCCCCGCCACCUUCAGAUUAUUUAUGACAUCAAUCUCUACUUCCUUCAGUCCGUAGAGCGGCGUUUCCCCAAGGAGCGUGAGAUGCUUUCUCGCGUCUCCAUUAUCGAAGAGUCUCAGCCAAAGAUGGUUCGUAUGGCUUUCCUGGCUAUCAUUGGUUCUCACAAGGUCAAUGGCGUCGCCGAACUUCAUUCGGACCUGAUCAAGACCACCAUCUUCAAAGACUUCGUGAAGAUAUAUGGACCCGACAAGUUCACAAACGUAACCAACGGCAUUACACCUCGUCGAUGGCUACACCAGGCUAACCCCCGCCUCUGUGAGUUGAUCGCAUCUAAACUUGGCGGUUACGAUUUCCUCAAGGAUUUGACUCUUUUGGGCGAAAUUGAGAGAUAUGUUGACGAUAAGGCCUUCAAGAAGGAAUGGCAGGAGAUCAAAUACGCCAACAAGGUCCGCCUUGCACGAGUCAUCAAGGAAACUACGGGUGUCAGCGUCAAUCCCGCUGCUCUUUUCGACAUUCAGGUGAAACGUAUCCAUGAAUACAAGCGCCAGCAACUGAAUAUUUUUGGCGUCAUCCAUCGCUACUUGGCCAUAAAGUCUAUGACUGCUGAAGAACGCAAGAAGCUUGCUCCUCGCGUGUCCAUUUUUGGUGGAAAAGCUGCGCCGGGAUAUUGGAUGGCCAAGACCGUCAUUCACCUCAUCAACAAUGUUGGUGCGGUUGUCAAUAAUGACAAGGACGUAGGGGACCUUCUCAAGGUCAUCUUCCUGGAAGACUAUAACGUCAGCAAGGCUGAGAUUAUCUGCCCCGCUUCCGAUCUCAGCGAGCACAUUUCCACCGCCGGUACCGAGGCCAGUGGUACGAGUAACAUGAAGUUUGUCCUCAAUGGUGGCUUGAUCAUUGGAACUUGCGACGGAGCAAACAUUGAAAUUACCCGCGAGAUUGGCGAAUCCAAUAUUUUCCUCUUUGGUAACCUCGCAGAAGAUGUGGAAGAGCUCCGCCACCACCAUUUGUACGGCAAAUACGAACUCGAUCCGGACCUACUCAAAGUGUUUGAAGCUAUCAAGUCUGGCACAUUUGGCGAUGCCAAUGCCUUCUCCGGACUCGUUAAUGCAAUUGUUGACCACGGCGAUUAUUAUCUCGUGAGCGACGACUUCCAUUCGUAUAUUCAAACGCAUGACCUCGUGGACGAAGCGUACAAGAACCAGGACGAGUGGUUGACCAAGUCCAUUCAAAGCGUUGCCCGCAUGGGCUUCUUCACCAGUGAUCGCUGCAUUCAGGAGUAUGCUGAUCUUAUCUGGAAUGUCGAGCCUGUGCCACCAAAAGAGUAAAUAGGAGCAAGCACGAGGGAGCAAAAGAAAAGAUUGGGCAGACGCCUGAAUUGUUUGGUUACCCAAGACUAGAUUUUGCUCCCCAGAUUGUCUGUACAGAGGUAUUAUUACCGCAGUAAGACAUGUCCAAUUGAAUGACGGAAGAGCGGACCUUGGAUUAGAGAUAAGACAGUCCUUUGUAUGAAACGUGGUCUUUUUUUUUUUUUUUUAUUUUUAUCUUUUGGUUUGGCUUUUCUAAUAUUUCAUAUCAUUAUUCAAUUAACUUUUGAACAUAAUAAAUUUUACUUGGAAGGCACUCUAUCGAUCGAUUUUAUUGACUCGUACGCAGG